CGUCUUUGUGUCGGUGAGGGUGCCUGCCGAGGUGCUGUCGAACAGUAAAAAUGUGGCUGCGUCCCGCGCGGUGUACAUACUGAGCUACUGUCGACUGUACUUUGCUUCAGCCACUCUUUUUUAUUUAUUUAGUUACAUACGUCACGGAGCAUUUAGUACCGAACCUAACAUCCUUCUCACCUACCCAGCAGCUCACCAUCCACACAUGGGUCGGGCCGCCGGACUGACCAGCCGCCUGCGCGCCAGCGCUCUUCCUCGCAGCGCCGCCCGCCUGCUACGCCUGCCCGACGAGAUCCUCAUCAUCAUCAUCGAACACUGCGACAUCGACGCCUUCCUGCAGCUGCGCCUGACCUGCCGCGCCUUCCGCAACCUCAUCGCCACCUACGAGAGCACCAUUGUCCAGGCCGUCGCCCGCACCACCUUCCCCGAGUGCCGCCGCCUGCUGCGACCCCCGCCCACCAACAUCAACUCCAGCACCCUCUCGCUGCCCGUCAUCCGCGUCAUCCCAAAAUCGCCCUACACUAUCAAAUGGCUCACCGGCCUCAUCCCCAAGCACCUCGCCUCCAUCGUCGUCGAUCGCCAUCGCUACUGCGGCACGCCCCUGCCCAUGCUCGACGGCAUCCCCUCGGAGGACGAGGUAGGCGAUGAUAUCCGCCGCCACGUCGCCCAUGGCUUCCGCAUCCUCGAAGCUCUAUCCCUCAUCGCCAAAGACGUCGAAGAGACGCCCGACUCCAAAAUCGAGUCGAAACUGCCAAAAAAGUGCGUCCCCCGUAUUCUGAUCCGCAACCCCCCGAAAAAAAGAGACCUGAUGCACCGGCGAACGCCGCCCCCCGCCUGGCCGAACCGCAUGUUCCGCAAGACGAAGCGGGCGCUGUGGUCGUGGCGGCGCCCGCAGGAAACGGCCGAGAAGCAGCGCAAGGCGUUGCUGCAGCGCCGCCAGGACCUCACGACCGCCCUGCAGUGCCACUACAUCUACAACAAGCUGACGCCCGAGGGCGCGCGCGACUUUGACGCCAUGUGGACCAUUCUGCGCAUGGCCUUCCAGCACCGCCGCUACUUCACCCUCGGCACCGAGACGCUCGACUGGUGCAAGCCCGACCGCCGCGACGUCUUCUUCGGCGACUCGUGGGUCAACUGGUUCGUCUUCGAGGCCGGCGCCUCGUUCUGGUGGAAACACUACUGGCUGCUGAAGAUCCGCCAUGCCGACCGCAAGGCCCCCUCGGGCUGGCAGGAGAUCAACCGCGCCUUCUACGCCCGCCCCCGCGACCAGAUGGUCAUUGAGCGCGCCGGCGCCGCAGAGGUCUACGCCACUAUGCACCACCGCAUGAAGGGCGUGGACCGCAUCCGCCUGCCCUCGAGCGAGGAGUACGAGGGCAUGAUUCGCAGCUUGCAGCGCGAUCCGCCCGAGGACAGGCUCAAAUAUGUCUGUGCGAGCAUGACGCUGUAUUAA